AUGGAUCAGGCCAAGAGCAAGAUUGAGGUGAAAAAUGCAAAACGGGUGGUAAUUGUAAAGGUAGGAGGUUCAUCGGUAACAAACAAGGCAAAUAAGGAGUCGGUAAACGAGGAGGUAUUGGAUUGGUUUUGUCGUGUUGUUUCCGACAAUGUUGGACAAAACUUUAGAGCAGUAGAUGACGCCACUGCAUCUGAACAAGGCAUUUCUCAACAGGGGGUAGCCUUCAUCUUGAUUCAUGGUGCUGGAUCUUUUGGUCAUCACUCAGCAAAAGUAUAUGGCCUCUCGGGACAGACAGCUGAACCAGAUGGUAGUAAGGAUAUGUCAGUUCAAGAGAAUCGGCGUCGCAAGCGAGGACUUGCUGAAACGCGUCUUUCUGUACAGAGGCUCAAUCAUCUUGUUGUGUCCAAAUUGAUUGACCACGGUGUGAAUGCAGUAGGUAUCUCUCCCGGCUUUGGUAUUCCUGGCCUCGAAGCCCAUCUACAUCUUCAGCCGGAACCAAUGAAGGAUUUGGAGACGGUCAUAUUGAGGACAAUAAAUGCUGGCCUGGUUCCUGUCUUACAUGGUGAUGCUUGCAUGUAUGGUAAUGAUGCAGCUAUCUUGAGUGGUGACACACUUCUCCAAGUCCUGGGAUCGUUAGAUUGGGUCUCAGACGCCAUUUUUAUCACUGAUGUCGACGGAGUGUAUGAUGAAGAUCCUCGACAAAAUCCAAAUGCAAAGCUGUUGCCCAAUAUAUUUGUCGACCCAAAGAGUGGAUCGCUCAUGAUAGAUGUGAAAGCAUCCGGGUCGAGUCAUGAGCACGAUGUAACAGGUGGGCUUGAGACCAAAAUGAAGGCUGCUGCAAGAAUAGCUAUAUCAAAGCCAGUUACGAUUGUGGGAUGCGGAUCCAAGGGCUUCGCGCAAAUUUUACGAGGAGAAGACUUGGAACUAGGCACAGUAAUGAGCCCCAAAGAGGAGGUAUAG